CUGAUUCAGAUAUCAACGAAAUGAGAUCAAAUGGUAAAAUGUCUUUGUCCAGUGCAAUUGUGUGUUUGUGCUGCAUAAUUUUGACAGUGCAAGCUGCCAAAAAGAAUUACUGUAAGCCAGAUCUGUGCCAUGGCGUUGCACAUGUGGCGUGCUUGAACGAAUCGCUACGACUUUACAAAGAUGAAUGUAAUUCAAAUGCUGAAGUUAUUAAACUAAGAAAACGCGAUAAGAAUCAUAUUUUAGAAUCUAUAAACAAGCUUCGCAAUUAUGUGGCGCAGGGUAACUUAAAAGGUUUUAACACCGCUAGCAAUAUGUCGAGCGUCAAUUGGGAUGCCGAACUAGCAUAUAUUGCAGAAAUGAAUGUUCGCGUAUGCGCACAUCACCGUGAUGCCUGUCGCAAUACGGACAAACAUAAAAAUGUUGGACAGACCACGGCUUAUGGAGGAGUCAAGGGUAAAACCCGUACCCCGAGGCGAUUCAUCAGAGGACAUAUUAAAGCUUGGUUUUCACAGUGGAAAUUGGCGACGAUGAAAGACAUUCUUAGUUAUAAUAGUAAAGAAGAUGCUCCACCGCAUAACUUUUUGCAAAUCGUGCAUGACAAAGUGCAAAAAAUUGGUUGCGCCUGUCUGAAACAGUCCAAGAAUGGAUGGAUUCAAAACUUUUUCACCUGUAAUUAUGAUGAGGCGCCCAUUAAAGGGCAGGAAGUUUACAAAACUGGGAUCCCAGGAGCACAAUGCGUUUCCGGCAAAAAUCACAACUUUACAUCUCUUUGUGGUGAGGUUGAUUUAGGUGAUGUAGAUAGGGAUCAGCCCGAGCCCAACAAUCAGACCCAGACAACACAGGUUGACCAUCAAAAUAAGCCUGACAAUCAGACCGAGGCACCACAGGUUGACCCUCAAAAUAAGCCUGACAAUCAGACCCGAAUACUAAGUCGAACCAUUGCGGCAACAAAUGCUAUUAUAGGGACAAUUGAAAUAAGACCUAGCAUGACAUCACUGGAAGACCUUCAACUAAAUCGCACAAUUGAAAGAGGCAUAGAAAAAGAAGCCAAAGAACGGCGGGAAAGGUUUCACAGAUUUUUGGCCGAGAUUGAAAAAACUGAGAGAAAAACCAACAAUCGGAAAAUUCAGAUCUUCACCUGGAACCAUCAAGUGGACAUUUCCAUCAAACCGGAGGACGAAUAA